UGAUGGGGAACUGCCUGCACAGGGGAAUCAGCUAUUUCAGGUGCCAGAGUGGUUGUCACAUUGUUGAAGAGUGUACCUGCCUUCCUUGGAAAAACAUAAGCACAUUUAAAACCAGACAAGAGUCUCCAAAGCAAUAUGAAGGGAUGACUUCAGCUCCUGUGCAGGACAAUGCCAACCAGAUCUACACAGAGGAGUUAUGCUACAUCCUUGUUGAUCACAAGACCCUUGGAGGAAGGCCGUCAGGCAGCUCUACGGAGGAGUUCUAUGAGAAUAUCCCUAGCAAGGCUGAGAGACACAGAGAGUCCCCAAGAGGGGCAGAGACUGAGUAUUCAGUUCUCCGUUUCCCUUCUACCCCUCAGACACCACCUUCCACAGAAGAUGAAUACGAACUUCUUGUGCCUAAUAGCCUCUCCUCUCCUGCCUCUCAACAGCCACGGGUACUUAGAGCCCCCUUUGAGACUCAUUUUGCUCAUCUACAAUGAUGUGACUAGGUUAGAGUUUGUUUAGCACUGACAGAUAAAAGCAGGAGUUGGGGACUCUAUUUGAUGACAGAUAAAAGUAGGAGUUGGUGGCUCUAGUUGAAGCAAAAAAUCUUAGCUCAUUUCUUCUGGAGGACUUUGGCAGGGUAGACUCUGCAAAACUCAAAUCUUUUUAGGGUCUGAUUAUAGCCAGUGUUCAAAAUUAGUCAAUUGUCUUGAACGUCACCUUUGCUUCUAAGUGGUGUUAAAAAUAUUCUGUGGUAGGAAGGGCUCCCCAUAUCUACACCUGGGUGUACCACAAAAGGCUCUGCUCUUCUCACUAAAUUCUUAUUCAUUAUCCCCACAAGCUUACUUAUCAAGUCCCAUGUCCCCGGAGGGAAUUCCCUCAUCACUGGGAAAUUCCAGCUCAGCACCACUUUCAAUGGCAACCUACAAUAUUCCUUUUAAACCAUGGGCCUGAGACAUGUCCUUUACUUGGUGUCCUUUCCCUACUUAGAAUUUCCUGUGCCAUAGUUAAUAUAAUUUUAAACUACAUUUUCAGACUUUGAAUUGUCUUUCUCUUAUGGUGCAGGAAAGCAUCUCCAGAACCUCAUCCUUGUUCAGCAAGUGCUCUAGCAUCAAAAGAC